AGCAUCAGCAACAGCCGAUACAUGUGAAGUGUUGAGGCCGGGAUGAUAGUUCAACUAUCAUUGAUUCUGGUGGCUUCUCUGUUCAAUGCUAUAAGAAGUUGCAGUAACGGCACGAUAGCGAAUGGUAGGUUGGCAAACUACAAGGUAGACAGUGAAGAGGGAGACAGCGCCUCGUUGGUCUGCAGUGAUGGGUAUACCACGUACAACUCACAUCUUGUAUGUGGUGAGGAUAACACUUGGCUCCCCACUCCUAUCUGUCACAAAGUGUUCGUCAGAUUUAACAAGACCUCUAUGAUAAAGUAUGUGUAUCCUACCCCUUACGAUUCAGUAGACAGCUCCGUUUCCUUCUCCUUCUCUACUCCUCCCCUUCAAAGUACGGGUGUGCUGGUACGACUAACCAGUAAGAAGCUCUCAGAUGGAUCACGUGACACUCUCACAGUUGAGUUAGUCGGCGGGUUCCUCGCAACUACCAUGCAACUCUCCAGUAUAGGACAGCGUAUCAUAGGUUUCUGUCAUGAUGACAUGUUGUUGAACGAUAACAUGCAGCAUAAAGUGGUGCUCAAAAGAAACCCAGACUCUCUCUCCAUGACCAUCGAUAAUCGCUCCAUUCAAUGUUCGUAUCCCUCCGGAAGCAAGUUAGAGUUCACCUUCACAGCUCUAAGAUCUAUACAAGUUGGACACCUCCAGCCUACCUGGGGAGAGGCGUACGGUUUUACUGGGUGUAUGACUGACUUGUUCGUGGACGGUCUCUCACCUCUUAUCCUUGCUGAUCUCGCGGAAAAUACAAAAAUUGAAGACCAAGUAUCAGUGCAAGACGUUGAUUUUGUGGAGACUUGUGGUGAGAAAUAUAAUGUUCCUACUACACAGCCACCUCAACAACCGACAAACUCUCCACCUUUCGACACAAAUCCUAUCACUGGAGCUGUCGAGGAUAAAGAAAAAGAUGACGAUUCCGGAAAAGAUAAGAUGACCCUAAUCGUCAUAUUAGUGACUAUCGUUAUCCUUAUUUUAUUAGUUCUCUUAAUUGGGAUUGUUUGUAAAAAAUAUUAUAAUAACAAAGGGACUUACAAAGUGGACGAGAGCCGGCUAAGGGCGGAUCAGGAGAACCCUGAGCAAGAGUAUUUUAUUUAGUUCUAGACGGCCGAUCCUUCGUUCACCCUAAAAGUAUAUGGACGUAUAAUUCAUCAUUGUUUGUUUUAUGCUGUAUCUGUUUUGCAAUGUUUUAACAGAAUUUGUAAGUCAUGGAUAUCGUGAUGUUACCGUCGCCUUCAAAAGAAAAUCAGAUCAAAUUCUGAAAUUCUGUCAGGGUAAAUGUUUCGCUUGUCUUGCUGUAACUGUCAUAUUAUGCUGAAAGAAAAGAACUAAAGAUUUUUCAAUUACCAAUUUUUGGAGGACUCUUUUAAGAGUCCUCCUAAAAUCGGUAAUUAAAAAUUAUUUUAAAAACUUAUUGAUUAUUGAGAACAGAAGAAUGUGAUCGAACUUCCCUUGAUUAUGCCGUGCAUUUUGUAUGACAAUUUUUAAGGGUUUUCUGUUUAGCAAGCAAGGACAUGGUUAGUGGAUAUUGGAUACUUAAUGCACGGUUAUUCAAGGGACUGGGUUUGCCACUGUUGUACGGGAUGGCAUCUGCCAGCGAUUGUAGAGAAUUUAUUCUUUAAAAUUUAUUUCUAGAAACUUCUAUAGAGGUUAGGUUUAGCAAAUAUCAUCAUAUCUGUUUAUAAAAUUUUUGAAAUGCACGAUUGUUAUUUGAUGUGUUAUCGAUAUCCCUCAAACCAAAUUCAGUUUUUGUAAUGCUAUAUUAUUUAAUUUUAAGUUUUUCAUUCAAUGUAAAUAAUAUUAUAUGAGUUGAAAUUUUAUCGUAAAUUCAAUUUUCUAUAAUCAUG